GCGGUUGCUGCAGGUCUAUGGCGUCACGGGUGACGUCACCGGCUCUUCACCCCGAUCCUCCCCAAUCUGACGGUGUUCUGCUCGUUUUAUGACAUAAUCCGGCGAUAAUAAAGCAUGUCUACUCCUGCGAGACGAAGGCUUAUGAGAGACUUUAAGAGACUUCAGGAAGAUCCUCCGACUGGCGUCAGUGGUGCUCCUUCAGAAAACAACAUCAUGCUGUGGAACGCUGUGAUUUUUGGGCCUGUAGGAACGCCCUUUGAAGAUGGAACAUUUAAACUCGUUAUUGAAUUUUCAGAAGAAUAUCCCAACAAGCCUCCUACGGUUCGCUUCAUCUCCAAAAUGUUUCACCCCAACGUCUCUAUUGGACGAGCCGAACCCCAACAGCCCGGCCAACAGCCAGGCGGCCCAGCUCUAUCAGGAGAACAAGCGAGAAUACGAGAAGAGAGUGUCUGCCAUCGUGGAGCAGAGCUGGGUCGACUCGUAACACACACACACACACACACAGGAGAACUAUAUUUGUGUGCUUAUUUAUUUUAACUGCAUGGUAAGUCAUUGCUAACAGAGCUUGAGAUGUGCUGUUGUCGGAUUGAUGCGGUUGAUUUAAACUGAAGCAGUGCAGAUUAUUGGCAAAUGUUGCG